UUCCUGAUAUUUCAUCAUCUUGGAUGUGACCGAUGAGGUUUCCGUCAUUCUGGUUCAGUAGAAAAUGCACCAGAGUCGACUUAUUCUUUUGUGCUCUUGGUAUCGCUCAUUCAUAAUGACAUGUUAACAUGUCCGUUAUCCAUCCAUCCAUCCAUCCAUCCAUCCAUCCAUCCAUCCAUCCAUCCAUCCAUCCAUCCAUCCAUCCUCUUCAUAUUCACCGUUCUCUCAUUCUGCUUUAAUGUGUCUCUUUGUCCACCUAUUAUUUGUGUUUUCUUGGGUGAGAUGCUGUGCCACACAUGAAGGUGCCACCAUCUUGAUUUUGAUGUCGACGGUAUUCAGUUUGGCAUUUUGUUUGUUACAUCAACAAUGGCAUCAUUGACCUAUGAAAAACAUUUCAUCUUAAUGACCGGACUUCAAAUUUUAGCUAUUUUAGUUUAUCUGCAUAAAGCUAUUUUAAGUUGCUUUCUGUGUAUCUUAAAUUUGAUGUUACAUACUGUGAAGUAUAAUAUUUCAAAGCAGUUACCUAUAUCCUGCCACAUUUUAGGGCUAAUGUAAAUGAUAAUUCUUUAAGUUUGUUUGCAACGUCUAGUGUAAUACACAGAAAAAGAGCAUCUGAAUAAUACUGUACAAUUCAUUUAAAAAUACAUUGAGACAAAUGGAGUCAUUUUAUUUGCCAUGUAAAUAUAUACAUUUAAAGUAUAUUCAAAAAAAUUGGGUUUCAGGGGAACAUUGGGGAAUCUUCUGGUGAUGAACUUAAAGGGAACCUUUGACUUUCACAGUCACUUUCGGAACAGAAUUGGUUGUCCUUCUCAGGGAACGUGGCUUUCAUUGUGCUACAUCACGCUUCAUUCAAGUUUGUUACUGAAUACCUGAACAUUUCUUGAUGAAAAGAAUAGUAAUGUCAUAAUCCUUCCAGCCAAUGUCGUAACCCCCACAUUUGCUCUGGUCACCAGUGUGAGUGUGCAUGUUUUGAAUUUGUAUUUAUAUUGCUGACUAAGAUCACUUCUUUUCAAUGCUCACACUCCUUGGCUCAUUAAAAGUGACGCGCCUGAAAAAAUAGAACAUUUUAUUCAUGUUAGGAAAAACAUGAUUGGAGUCACACUCAAUGUAAAGUAAUAAGUAAUAAAUUAGUUAAUUACCACCUUUUAAAAUGUUGCCCGACUGGUUUCCCGGGAAUGCAUCCUCGCCCCGUUCUGGCCAGUGGUCAGACUCAAUUAUCAUUAGUCUGACAUAACUCGUGGUACUUAAAGCCUCCUUAACUGGCGCGGGGACCAGACAGCGACUCCUUGUGAGAACAGUGAACAAGACCGAGCUUCAUCGUCACAUCUGUCACUGGGAGCAACUGUGGCGGAGUAUUUGAUCAAGAUUUCGGGUAAGUUAUUUUGUCAUGUAUUUAAUGUGCUGAACUCGAAUGUUUAAACCAGGGUUGUCAUGUAUUGCAAUUAUUCGCAUUAAUGCCGUAGUUGACUUUUUGCAUCUGUUCUAAAUGUAACAGAAUGUAAGGAAGGAUUUGGAAAGGAAGGACUCAACAUAUAACGGAUACAGUCCACAACAUUCUUUGGAAUGACUGAAAAGGCUCAGAAGACUCUGAAAGGAUGCUGAUGUUUUGGCAUUAGGGGGAAGUGUCUUUAGAAAUAGAAAGAAUCAUCCUCUCUCUUUAUUUAACAUCACGGUAGCCAAUAUUUAAUAAGAACUCAGGCUGACUAAAAAUAAGCAGAGAUGGAUUGAAGAAACACUGUGUUUUACCGGUUAUAGUUUAAACAUGAAUGGUGCGCAGUAUCAGGAUAUGUCAAGCUAAGCAGAGCUCCGCCCCCUGGCAGAGCCUUAAGUGCCGACUCAAUUUCACGCACGUCAUAUUUCCUGUCAAAUGCAGCAUUCGUUCAUAGCCAAAGGACUAUGGACUGCUAGAAUCCGACGCUUUUGCAAAUGCUGUCCAGAGUCUGAACCUUUAGCGGCAAUGGCGGCUUCCUCCCAGCAUAAAUAAUCCACGAGACGCGGCAAACUCUGUGGACAGCCGAGGUCACAUAUUCUUCACAAUGACUUUAGCCCCGUCUACAUUAAAGAAUCGCCUGGCGUGAUUUUAAACCUACACCUUACAAUCGAGUGACAGUGUCACUCUCAAUUCCGCUUAUGUCACAACCGCUCGAUUGGCAUCCACGGGUUCAGAACUAGGGUUAUUCAAAAUGCACACACAAAGAAGCGGAUGGACAAACACGCGUGCGUUUUCACACGCCAAAAUUUUUAGUAGCAUUAAGAUUGACUGUAGUUGAAGCGUUCAUUGGUUUUUCAUAGCCCUGGUUCAAACUUCAUUAUUUACUAUUGUGAUUUAAUUUCAGAUGUUCAUGUUGCAAAAAUAUAAACCUCACAUUGACUUUAUGGUCUGGAAAGUUGUUCUCUUGUGUGUUAAUAGUCUUAUUCAUUAUUUGGAAAUUAUCAUUACAUUAUGUUUUAAACAAAUGGUUUUGAUUUGUUAUUUUCAGAUGAGAAUUUGCCAUUUACUAAGUAGGCGGGUCAAAAUGACCCCGAGGAAUGCCUUGAUCCUUCUUCUUUUAAUUGGAGUUGGAGGGCAAGGGGUUGCAGGAGGUCUGAAGGAUACCCUGUGUCCAGUACAUAGUACUGUCAACCCCACGACUGCUGUCACAACAGCCCCCAACUUCAGGAGCACUAACACGCCAAAUACCACGCUGUCGUCAACCGUCUUACGAACAACAACAAGUGUAAGUCAGAGAAUCACUACAAGUGCCACACUCCCUGUUUCUGAAGCAAGUAAAAACACUCUUGCAUCUGCUGUGGCAUCGUCCGCUGCUGCCCUUUCUGCCGCAGCUGCAUCCUUUGCAAAUGCUUUUGCAAAGUCGGACAAUGAACCAACCUCCCAGACGAUAAUUCAGGCUGCAAACAAUGCUGCCAUUGCUGCGGCCCUCUAUUCUGAUGCUGUUCUUGAAGGACACGAGUCGCCAGACAACGUUUCCAGAGUGACAACAAAUGCUGGAGAUGCUACAACUGAGGCCUUUGAAAUGAUUGCCAAUGAGUCUGCAAGCUUAGAUCCAGAUGUUGCAGCAAAGAUUGCAGAGGCGAAAGUACUAUUGUCCCAGGCAUUAGAGGAACUAGAAGAAGGAGCAGUGAAGGUUCCGUUAGUUACAAGUAUUGAGGAUGCACAAGAGGCAGCAGCUGCAAUAAAUGAUACAGCAGAGAAGGCUGCAGCUGCACUGGAAGCUCUACUGCCGGCCAUAAAUAUGUUGGCAAAUGCAAGUGAAGGUGAUGAGAAGACAGCACUGCUGAUUGCAGCACAGACACUAACUGUGGCAGCUGAAGCGUUGGAGGAAAACAGAAAAGUAGCAGAAGCUAUUGUGGCUGCAUCAACAGCACCAAGCCAAGAGGACAUGGCAGAGAGGUUGGAUGACGCGCUGAUGUACGCAAACAACUCUGCUUCGAAAGCACUGGCAGCACUGGCGAAGGCAAAUAUUGGAGUAGAUGCAGGAAACUCCACUACUUUAGCAAGAAGCGGCACAGCGGCAGCGAUAGCUAUGGCCUCAUCUGCAACCUCAACAGCUGCAUCAGUGGCAGCCAUUGUGGCUAGCUCUUUUCCAAGGACCGUACAAGAAGACUUGUUGGACGCAGCCAUCGCGGCUGCAGAUGCAUCAAUCCGAGCAGCAAACGCUUCUCAGCGUGUGCUUGAUGGAGCAACAUCUCAGACGGAGGGACUGGUUCAUGCCGCAGAUGCCGUUCAGAAGGCUAAAAUAGCAUCCGACAGAAUCUCUCAAUUCAUUGAGGAAGAAACAACGCUGAGUCCGGAGUUGAAAGAAAAAAUUGCAGAAGCCGUGGCCAAUGUAUCUGCCGCAGCACAGAAGGCAUUAGAUGCUGUGCCGCUGUUGACUUCGGCAUCUGUUAGUGCUGGAGCAGAGAAAUUGGAUGAGGCAUCGAGACAGGCUUUAGAAGCUUCUGAAAAUCUAAAGGCACACAUUCAGGCUCUUUCUGCAAAUAUCUCAGCGAGUACAAGUCAAGAAGAGACAGUGGAGCUUGCGACUGAUGCUGUGGAGCUUGGAGCAGAGGCUGCAAGCAAAGCCAAGGAGUCUGCUGAAGCCACUGUUGCAGUGAUCAACGGGCCGGCAGCAGAGGUGGACGUGAAGGUUACAGAGGCCUUAAAUUCAGCACUGAAUGCAACACGAACGGUUGCAAAGGCUGCAGACAAAGCAUUUGAAGCCGUUAACUCAGUUGGAGUAAUGAUAACAACUCCACCACCAUCGAUGACAGACACCCCAACAAUCCCUUCACAAAACACGUCACUGUUGUUUGAAACAAGUCAACGCACUCUUGCAUCUGCAGCAGCUUCCUCCGCUGCUGCCCUUUCUGCAGCAGCUGCAUCUCUAGCAAACGCCUUUGCAAAAUCGCAAGAUGAACCAGCAUCCCUUGAGCCAAGUCAGGCAGUAAAGGAUGCUGCCGCUGCUGCUCUAGAACUAGCACACUAUUCUGGAGAUGUACUUGAAGGAAACAAGUCGCCGAACGCUGCUUCUGGAUUGACCACAAAAGCAGGAGCCGCUGCCACCAAGGCCUUUGAAGUGGUUGUCAAUGAAUCUGCGAGCUUUGAUCCAGAGGUUAGAGCAAAGAUUGCUGUGGCCAAAGCACUGUUGUCUCAGGCAUUACAGAAAGCACAAGAGGGAGCAGAGAAGGCUCCUUUAUCCUCAAAUAUGGAGGAUGCACAAGAGGCAGCAGCUGCAAUAAAUGAUACAGCAGAGAAGGCUGCAGCUGCACUGGAAGCUCUACUGCCGGCCAUAAAUAUGUUGGCAAAUGCAAGUGAAGGUGAUGAGAAGACAGCACUGCUGAUUGCAGCACAGACACUAACUGUGGCAGCUGAAGCGUUGGAGGAAAACAGAAAAGUAGCAGAAGCUAUUGUGGCUGCAUCAACAGCACCAAGCCAAGAGGACAUGGCAGAGAGGUUGGAUGACGCGCUGAUGUACGCAAACAACUCUGCUUCGAAAGCACUGGCAUCACUGGCGAAGGCAAAUAUUGGAGUAGAUGCAGGAAACUCCACUACUUUGGCAAGAAGCGGCACAGCGGCAGCGAUAGCUAUGGCCUCAUCUGCAGCCUCAACAGCUGCAUCAGUGGCAGCCAUUGUGGCUAGCUCUUUUCCAGGGACCGUACCAGAAGACUUGUUGGACGCGGCCAUCGCGGCUGCAGAUGCAUCAAUCCGAGCAGCAAACGCCUCUCAGCGUGUGCUUGAUGGAGCAACAUCUCAGACGGAGGUACUGGUUCAUGCCGCAGAUGCCGUUCAGAAGGCUAAAAUAGCAUCCGACAGAAUCUCUCAAUUCAUUGAGGAAGAAACAACGCUGAGUCCGGAGUUGAAAGAAAAAAUUGCAGAAGCCGUGGCCAAUGUAUCUGCCGCAGUACAGAAGGCAUUAGAUGCUGUGCCGCUGUUGACUUCGGCAUCUGUUAGUGCUGGAGCAGAGAAAUUGGAUGAGGCAUCGAGACAGGCUUUAGAAGCUUCUGAAAAUCUAAAGGCACACAUUCAGGCUCUUUCUGCAAAUAUCUCAGCAAGUACAAGUCAAGAAAAGACAGUGGAGCUUGCGACUGAUGCUGUGGAGCUUGGAGCAGAGGCUGCAAGCAAAGCCAAGGAGUCUGCGGAAGCCACUGUUGCAGUGAUCAACGGGCCGGCAGCAGAGGUCGACGUGAAGGUUACAGAGGCCUUAAAUUCAGCACUGAAUGCAACACGAACGGUUGCAAAGGCUGCAGACAAAGCAUUUGAAGCCGUUAACUCAGUUGGAGUAAUGAUAACAACUCCACCACCAUCGAUGACAGACACCCCAACAAUCCCUUCACAAAACAUGUCACUGUUGUUUGAAACAAGUCAACGCACUCUUGCAUCUGCAGCAGCUUCCUCCGCUGCUGCCCUUUCUGCAGCUGCUGCAUCUCUAGCAAACGCCUUUGCAAAAUCGCAAGAUGAACCAGCAUCCCUUGAGCCAAGUCAGGCAGUAAAGGAUGCUGCCGCUGCUGCUCUAGAACUAGCACACUAUUCUGGAGAUGUACUUGAAGGAAACAAGUCGCCGAACGCUGCUUCUGGAUUGACCACAAAAGCAGGAGCCGCUGCCACCAAGGCCUUUGAAGUGGUUGUCAAUGAAUCUGCGAGCUUUGAUCCAGAGGUUAGAGCAAAGAUUGCUGUGGCCAAAGCACUGUUGUCUCAGGCAUUACAGAAAGCACAAGAGGGAGCAGAGAAGGCUCCUUUAUCCUCAAAUAUGGAGGAUGCACAAGAGGCAGCAGCUGCAAUAAAUGAUACAGCAGAGAAGGCUGCAGCUGCACUGGAAGCUCUACUGCCGGCCAUAAAUAUGUUGGCAAAUGCAAGUGAAGGUGAUGAGAAGACAGCACUGCUGAUUGCAGCACAGACACUAACUGUGGCAGCUGAAGCGUUGGAGGAAAACAGAAAAGUAGCAGAAGCUAUUGUGGCUGCAUCAACAGCACCAAGCCAAGAGGACAUGGCAGAGAGGUUGGAUGAUGCGCUGAUGUACGCAUACAACUCCGCUUCGAAAGCACUGGCAGCACUGGCGAAGGCAAAUAUUGAUGUAGAUGCAGGAAACGCCAGCGAUACUUCAUAUCGCGUUUUUGCAGCUACUGUAUCAUCAUCAGCUGCGGCUGCAGCUUCUUGUGCAGCGACUGCUGCCGCAGCAUCGGGUGCCACAUCCAGCGCUGUUGGUAAAUCUUCAUCUCCAGCAGCACAGCGUGCCAUAGACGCAGCUAAGAAGGCAGCUGAACUUGCUAAACUAGUAGCCGAUGGGAAAGCAUGUUAUAAACAGACAGCACUGGCCGUCAGAGAAGCUGCUGACCUGGCAAAAAUAGCCGCAGAUGUUGCCCAGGUCGAGGCAGAGACCUUUCUAACAGGAAAUUCAAGAAGGAAGCGUGACAUCUUUUCUAUUGCCCUUUUACCUGCAGCAGCAGCAAGAGCCGCAGCAGCAUCUGAUCAGGCAGCAAAUGCUACGUCAAUGGUCGUCCAACGUCAACCAAAUGCUAUUAACGCAGCUCAGACUGCUGCUGAAAAUGUGGCCUUGAUUUCUGAAGAAAUCUCAGACGAUCUACAAUUAGAGCUUGCGUCUGCAAGUGACCUAAGUGCAGCGGUGACGUAUUCCAUUUAUGCAGCUCAAGCAACUGCAAAAAUGUCGCAGGCCACAGCAACCGCAGCCUUAAGUGCAACAGGAACUGUGACUACAAAUGAAAUUGCAUUAUUAGUGGCCAAUUCAGCAAAGACAACUGCCGGGUCUGCCGAAGCCACAGCCAUCGCAGCACUUGCAUCUCUCCCACUUGAGGCUCUAUUGCCAGUUAACAGGUCCACACAAACAACAACACCGUCUCUUGUAAGUGCAAACGGCACCGUCUCCAUUACAACGUCAACAUCUGCUGCGGCAGCUGCGGCAGCUAUGGCAGCGUCAACAGCAAUGGUCCUUGGCGUAUCAGAUGAGGCCAAGAGGGCAGCAGCUGCUGCUGAGAUUGCAGCUAAUGCAUCGAUACAGCUUGCACAAGGAAAACUUUCACCCUUGAAGGCUGCAGCUGCUGCCAGACGUGCGGCAGAUGAGGCAGAAGCCGCAGCCAAUGCUGCGGUUAGGGCAGCGAACUCCUCAGCUAUCAGGAACGCUCAAAGUAUUGCACAAGUGGCUUUAGACGCCGCAUCAGCAGCACGGAAAGCAGCCGAGGCAGCGACUCUCGCCUCCUCCGGAACAACAGACGCGAUCAAGGAAACUGGAGCUGCUGCUGAAAUGCUGAGGGAUGCAGCAAAUAAUACUUUGGCCAUUUUGAAAGCUGCGCAGCAACAACCAGAGCUCUCCUCAAUCAUCCAGGCGGAGUUGGUGGCUCGUAUGGUGGAGGCAACCGGCAUCAUCACUGAAAGAGCUGCAGAUGCCGCGGCAGCAAACGAGCAAGAGCUGAUGGGGAUCUUGUCAGAGGCUGCGGCAAAGGCAGCGUUGUCUGCCUCUCAAGCUGCAGCUGCAACCGUCGUGACUGUGUCAAGUGUGCAACUGACAACACCUGCAAGUGGUAGUACUGCUCCUCUGUCCCUGCCAACACAGUCCACUGCCGUGGCACGAUCACGUGAGUUAGCUGUGUCUGCAGCAACCUCUGCCGCCUCCGCGUCAGCGGCAUUGGCAGCGACUGCCUCCAUUCUGAGUGGAGUAUCACCACGUGGGGCAGCUAAAGCAGCUGUGAUCGCUGCUAAGGAGGCAGCACGAGCCAGUCAGUUAAUUGGGGCAACGUCAAUGCCAGCGGCAGUCAAAGCUGCCAAGGAGGCGGCGGCAGCAGCUAAAGUGGCAGCUAAGGCAGCCUUGGUGGAGGCAGCAAGAGAUCCUGAAUCCCUUGUCAAAAUAGAAGUCGCAAAAGCAGCAAGUCGGGCAGCGAAUGCUGCGAAGAAUGCAGCAGCCGCAGCAGCUGCUGCAGCCCGAGCCAACACAACCCUGCAGUCAAUGGCACAGGUCGAAAAGCUUGCCAAAGCUGUCACAACUGAGAACGAUGUGGUGAAGGAAGACCUGCUGAAGAUCCAAGCAGAAAUGGGACCAGAAAGGCCUGUGAUAGACUCAGUGGUUGUGAGCCACAUGUCUUACGCCACAGCAAUGGUAUCUGAAAAAGUAAUUGCAGGACUCACUGGCCCCGUUUUCUUGCCAGUUGCAGACUUGUUGCAACUUGCAGAUGCGGCAGCAGCAUCUGCUCUUGCAACAGUAACAGCCGCCGAGGCAGCAGUCAACUUGUACACUGGAACAGGAUCUGGAGAUGGUUCAGACGGGGGAUCAGGAAGUGGCUCUGGGUCUGGUAGUGGGUCUGGAAGUGGUUCAGACACAGGGUCAUCCGGUGGGUCAGGAACUGACACCGUUUCAACUGCAGUCAACAACAGAAGCAGCAUUAUAUUCAUCAGCUUUAUUGUUGUUAUCGUAUCGUCAUUACUUCAAUAACAUGGACAUUCAGCAUCCAGUUCAAUGGUUUUUGUUCUGUUCAACAGUCUAAGAAAAGCUGCACUGCUGGAAGCUCUCAAGAUAAAUGUUUAUUUGCCCUGAAGGAUCGCUUAAAAUAAUUUCUGUACAUUUUUCUAUUUAUAUACAGUCGCUAUUUAUUUUGUAUCAGGUCAAUCAACAAUAUGCUUCCCUUUUCUAUUGCUGAAUUGUAUCUAAUGUGGAAAUUGAAUGCAAUAUUUUAUUAUUGAUGUGGUUAUUAAUCAUUAAAAUGCUCUUAUAUGAACACUGUCUGUCAUUGUUCUUUCUUCCUUUGUUCAUUAA